AUGAGAUUUUCAUUCGCUCUCUUUUCUUUGUUCUUCUUAUGUCUUACUUUUGCUCAAACUUUUGAUUUGGAGCAGGCCACUCAAGAUGUAGCCAAAAGAGCAACAGAACCAAGUCAUGAGGUUUUCGUGGAAAUAGAUGAAUAUUUGAAACAAUUAGUGGAAGCCUCCGGUGCAAAUCGUACCCAGAAACGUGACAACAAUGCCUUAUUAACUGCAGCUUUUACAGCAUUGAACAAAAGUGGCACUGGUGUCACAAUCGUGCACGGAAUAGUCACAAAUAGUGUCACACAAAAUACGGCUAUUAAAGCCAUUGAAGAGUAUAUUGAGCACAACACUUUGACAACAUUAUUAAGUGCAGCCGAUAGCUCUGGUUUAGCAGUUUCUAUUGUGAUGAGAUUCUUUAUAAACUACUCCCUAGUGCCCGGUUUGUGGAAUAUUAUUGUUGCAUUGUACAAAAACGGAGCUAUAUUCAAAAGAUUGAUACUAGAUCUCAUUGGCAAUAUACUCGGAUCAGUUGAACAAUCAAUCUGGGACUCGUUGCUUAGUAUACUUAACCUCGUUGCAGACGUCGAGACAAUUUGUCAAUCUUUAAACACUUCGGGAUUUGCGGUUUCUAUUAUUGAUGAUUUGGUGGUUACUUCCGAUGGUCAAGCCUUUGUCGUUAAAUUGGCCACUUCAAUAAUAGACAAUAGUGUUAUAACUUUAAACUCAUUGUUUUCAGCUUUGAACCAGACAAGUUUCCUUCAAAACACUUUUACAAAGAUUAUUUCUAAUGCAACUUACAGAAAAAUCAUCUUUAUUUGGGCCGUCAACUUUUUGGUCUCUGCAAUCAAAUAUAUCUUCUAG